GAUUGCAGGGUCUUACUUCCAGACUCGCCGCUACGAUUUAGCGCCAUGAUUUUGUUAUCGCCAAAAACCGUAACAUUGUGCACCUCCAUACUCAUCUCUGUACCGUAAGCGUAGUUAAAUAAUUUAAACAAUGACUAACAAACCGGAAGAAAGCAUGAUUUCUGAAUUAGCAGUCGAGAAGCAUGACUUUGCAACAACAGAGAAACAAGAUGCUCGAGCCUUCCUGAGGGAACGAUUUUUACGUGUAGUCACAGGCAUAGUCGGUAAACGGGCAGAAUUCCAUCUUUUCGAGGAUUCACACGUCACUGGUGAAUUUCGUGGCUGUGACGUCGACUGCCUAGAAAUUUACGUCCGAAAUUUGGAAACACCGUUGGGAAAAGUGCCAGAAGCUAUUCUGAGAACAACCGACGUCAUACAUUUUGAUUUCGAGGAAAUGAUUUUGAAGAAAGAAUAAUUGUUGCGAGAGAUUCCUGGAGGACUACAGAGCCCACGUGGACGUUACCGUGGACGAAAGUACCUUUAAACGAUUAGUCCCGAAUUCCAUGACUUCGAGAAGUCCUGGAGUAGACGUCAUACCCGCCACGCUGGUCCUGAAAUCUGAAGAGGACCACUACAGUAUCAGGAAGCCAGGAAUAAUUCCUUGAGGACCAGGAAAUGUUUCGUUACCAAUAAAAUUAAUAAUUGUAUGCAACGAUGAAACUUUGUAUAAAUGGUAUAUGUUCAUGUAUAAUAUAUAUAUUUCACUAAGAA